AUGUCGGGCCGCGGCAGCGCGUGGCUGUCCGCCCUGGGCCGGUUCCUGCUGUCGCUCCGCGGCGGGAACUCGUGCGCGUUGCUGCUGCCAUAUGUCGGCAGGAGCGGCGACGUGUUGGCCCGCAUCGACGCCGAUGUCCCCGGCCGAGGCCCCAGCACCGGCGGCCGCGGUAUGUCGUGGAAGCUGUUGCUGCUGCUGCUCAUCUUGUUCUUGUCGUCGCUCGUCGGGAGCAUCCACGGUGCCGGCGCCGAGGCAACGUGCACCGCCGCCGCCGCGGCCACCAUUGCCGUCGUCUUGGGGAGGGCAUUUCCGUUUGUGGUGUCUUGGGAGGAUUUCCUAUACAAUUUUUGUUAA